CCUCACCCUCGCCACCCGGAAUACUGGGACCUCCCAUUUCCAUACCUAUAGGAGCAGCAGCGGCAUGGGAAGGACUUGGAACUUUGUAGAGGGGUAGUUCUUCAGUUUUCUCUUGUUAUAAACUCCUUAUAGCUCCGCUCCUUCAGUCUCGAUGUAGCUUUGAUCUCCCCUCCACAGCAGUAAAACGUCAUCGCAAAAUCUUCUGAAGGGGAGUUUUGUCUGCUAGGGGGAAGCGUUGUAGUUCUCAGAGGGCUCACACUGAAGAAGUAGCAGCAUCAACGGAGCCUUCAGUACUAACAAGACGAACCUAUUUUGAUUAUUUCUUCAGCCCUAAACCACAAGCUACUCCCGCAAAAGACAUGGAAAACCAGCUGUUGUGCUGUGAAGUGGAGACCAUCAGAAGAGCUUACCAUGAUACCAACUUACUAAAUGACCGAGUUCUACAGACAAUGCUUAAAGCUGAGGAAAAUUACCUUCCGUCUCCAAAUUACUUCAAGUGUGUCCAGAAAGAAAUAAUACCUAAGAUGAGGAAAAUAGUGGCUACAUGGAUGUUAGAGGUCUGCGAGGAACAGAAAUGCGAGGAGGAAGUUUUUCCCCUGGCUAUGAACUACUUGGAUAGAUUUUUGUCUGUGGAGCACACAAAGAAAACCAGAUUACAACUUCUCGGAGCUACAUGUAUGUUUCUGGCCUCAAAGAUGAAGGAAACGGUCCCUUUAACUGCAGAGAAGUUGUGCAUUUACACUGACAACUCCAUCCGGCCCAGCGAUCUUUUGCAAAUGGAACUACUGGCUUUAAACAAGUUGAAAUGGGACCUUGCAUCAGUAACACCUCACGAUUUCAUAGACCAUUUCCUCUCCAAGCUACCAAUUCAUCAGAACACCAAGCAGAUCCUGCGCAAGCAUGCCCAAACAUUUGUGGCUCUCUGUGCUACAGAUGUCAAGUUCAUCGCCAACCCUCCAUCCAUGAUCGCAGCAGGCAGCGUGGCAGCGGCGGUCCAGGGGCUGUAUCUAAAGAGCACAGAUGGUGCGCUGUCAUCCGAGAACCUAACCAACUUCCUGUCCCAAGUUAUCAAGAGUGACCCGGAUUGCCUGAGGUCGUGUCAGGAACAGAUCGAGUCCCUGCUGGAGUCUAGUUUGAGACAGGCACAGCAACAAAUCGUCUCCACAGAAACGAAAAGGAUAGAUGAGGAGGUGGACCUUUCCUGCACCCCCACAGAUGUGAGGGACGUCAACAUUUGACUUGUGUCCUCCCCAUUUUUCCUCCAAACAAUUUCUAAGGCUCCAGCCUUACCAAGUGGCCGUCUGGGAAACGAGGAACACCGGCGAACCCUUGUCAUCCUAUAAACACCCUCUGGCAAAAGCUUUGGCUCCUCCCCAGUUCCGGGCCCCCCCAAGCCAUUGGCUUCCCCUGUGACUUGAGGCCACCCGUCGCCAAGGGCUGUCAGGAACGGACUAAACACCUUGCUUCUUCCAAGACGACCGGUCACAUUCCCUCUCCCGUGUUGUGGGGCUUAAGACAUCGACAUGGGCGAUGGCAAAAAACAACAACAUCAAAGACACUGACUAUAUGGAGGAAAUGAAAACAUAAUACUUUAUGUGCAAGAUUAAGCCACAGAUAAAGACAUUGCUGCCACCCAAUGUUGAACUAGGAUUUUUAAAUACCAUAGACUGACUUUACAUGCCUACUAAAAACAUUCAUUUUAACAACAAGUAGGUAUUUUUAGUCUGUCUUUGUGUCUAGGUUUUUAUUUGAAGUAUAAAAUCAUUUAUAAAAGAGAAGGGGCAUUUUGUUUGUCCCCCGAUUCCCUUUAAAUAUGCAUUCUGCAUGUUGUCGAAGCUGCCCUCUAUGUUUAUUUGUUCUGGAUUGUUCCAGGCUACUCUGCACCCCUUCUUGUGUUUAGUCACUUUAAAAUUGUCUAGACAGCUAAAGAAAUGUCAAGCCCCCUAGAUUUGUCCUCUUCUCUUUUUAACUGGGUUUUAUGAGUCAACAGUAUACUUUGUCUAGUGUAUUGAUAUGUUUUUAUUGUUUGGCUGACUGGAUUGUUGGUGCUGAGGUUUGGCAUAUAAGGAUAUACAGGACAUUGUUGUUUAGUGAUUUCUUUUGUCCUCACUGCCACAUCGUGUAUAUAUUGAUAGUUAUGACCAGAUAAGCUAAAAUCUAGUGUUCAUCCCAAACCUCUACCAUGCAAUCCACAGUAAAACAAAUUGUGGUUCUUACUUUCUAAUACCAUUCCAUUUUUAAAAGCACUUUUAGUCAGUUUUCUUCUGACUCCUAUAGAAAGAAAUCACAUUGAUAAACUAAGUUUGUUUAUCAAAACAAAAUGGAAAAAAAAUGUAUUGGAGCAGUGCAGGUCUGUUUUAACUAUGGUUUUGUGUGUUUUGAUUUUGGGUACAAGUAAGCGCAGCCAAACCCAUCUACUCCUGCUGUUAGAUGGGUAUUCUGUUGAGGAUUUUCAUGCCAAUAGUGGGACAUGAAUUGUGUGGCAUAUUUCAGCAUCGCUUCGUUGGCAUCCAGAGCAUUUGAAACACUAAAGUAUCAAACUUGAAAGCUAAAACAAAGAUUUAGGAUGUUUAUUGAUUAUUUUCCUCUUGGAUCCAGCGCAGAUUAGAAACAGGAUGCCAAAGUCUCUAUGUGCACCAUAUAGUGCUUAACAUACCUGCCCUCCAAAUCAUGUGACCGUGUUUUCUAAACACAAAACUGAAAGAAAACACCGUAGUUAAAAUGCCGUUCAGAAUGUGUCAUUGACUGGGUAACUGCUAAAAAGAGGAAAGGGGUGUUUUGGCUAGAGGUGAUUUUGCACAAUGCUGAAGACUUAGACUAUAUUUCUGUGGCUUGCCUAAGAGAAGUGGAUUGCUAAUAUGGAAAUGGUAAAGUUGAAAAGUGGGAGGCAAAAAGGGUGAUAUCUUGUCAGCAACACAUUUUUGAUGAAAUGUUGAAUUAUGGUUUUCGAUUGUACAGUGAAAAAGAUGAAACCAGGAUGGGAGAGCACACUCCUCAUAUUGAGCUGCUAUGGAGGAAUCCCAGCAAAGUGUAAAACAAAAUGAAAAACAAGAAAAAAAAAAAAAACAAUGCUUUUUCUCCUAUUGUUUGCUGCUAUAUUUUUUUAUAUAUACAUAAAUGUCAAUAUACUGCCAUUUAAUAGGUUUGAAUUUUCUCAUAGAAAAUUGUUAUUGACAUCUUGGUUAUUGUAGUUUUGUGUCAUCAGUUUUUAUUUUGAUUUCUGUGCUAUUCCAAAAAGAGGAAAAAACGACAAUAGAUAAGUUUCGUUUCCACAAUACCUCAUAUUACAGUCAAGACUUCUUUAAUUUAGAUAUUUUUGUUCUUUUUUAAUAUACUUGUUUGUUCAGUGCCUGAUAGUCCUGUUUAAACUGCUAAUGGUAAUGCAUUGAUCAUUAUCCAAAUGGGUCCUGACGUGAGCAAGAGCAUUGAUUGAAACUGGUGCCAUAACGAACCGGAUUGUAUAACUCUUCUGAGUAUUAAGCUGUCUCAAUGAGAGAGACUUUAUCCCCUCUAGGCCCCUAAAGGCCCUCCUAUUUUAUAUUUAUGAAGCAUUUGCUUGAGUUAAAAACCUCAAGGAGUUGACUUUGGGUUUGACAAAUGCCAUGACGUCUUAAGCCAUUUAAUUAUUUUCAAACCAUUAUACCGUUUUUCCAAACAGUUCAAUACAAGCUAUGCUAGAUAUAUCAUCCUCUACCAAGAGGCACAGUAUAUUUAUGUGUCAAAUGCGCAAUAAACGGUAAAUAGACAUCUUGGAUUGCAGCUGUUUUUUCUUAACUGAAUUGCUGGAACAUUGAAGCCAAAUUAAAGGGCUGCAGAUACUAUGGGAACACAUCCAUUUGACCCAGACAUCCUUCAAUUGGAGUUAAUGAGUGUGAAUCCACUAGCCAUAGAAACGAUGCUGCUAUAUGUUCUGGUUGGAGAUGUGAGGUAGGCCUAGCAGUGUUUCUGCAAGCUGCUCAGAUUGCUACUGGCUAACACAGGACCCAGGAUGCAAAUAUGUUUCUGUCUAGUGUCAGGAAUACUUGUUACCUCAAAAAAAAAUAUAUAUGGAAAAAAAACGAAAAACAUCUUGAGGCCCAUGUGUUAAGGAUGACAUAACCUAUUUUUGUCCAACUUAUAAGUGCUGUCAGGAAAUAAAAUAAAAGAUAGAAAGCAGAAAAGGUGGGUAUCUUUUGUCCAUAAUUUUGAACAGAAUGUGGUACAGUGCUUACCAUUACAACCAACCCCCAAAAAGCUAAAUGGACAGCUUUUUCUUCAGUAGUUAUUGAGGGCUGGGUUGGUCUCCCCUCUUAGUCAGCUGUGGGUUAGGAUCGGUUUUCGUUGCACUGGAGCAAAGGUCAUCUGGGGACCAUUAAGGAAAUAAGAAAAGAUUCUGAAAUGUCUCCUUUAUUUUGUGGCUGUUUUAUUAGUAGCUGGUCUGAAAUGCACAAUAUUUACUUGCACACCCAUUCUAGAAACAAGAUUUGAACAUCAAACAAUAAUUAAAAGUGGAUUAAAAACA